AUGCCGGUCCGAGUGAUUCAAUCUAUAUCUUCAAAUAGAAAUGGUAUUGGUGCCUAUAUUUUCCAGUGUAAAAAAAUUCAAUUUUGUUAUUGUAACUGGGCCGGAAGUUCUCGAGGAAUGAAUCUUUUUCUUCGACAUAUGUUUGCAAAGUUUGCUCAAGACCAUCCUUAUAUUGAAAUGGUUGUUUCACGGAGACCAGGAAAACAUCCAAUUUUAAGAGUAAAUGGAAGAGAAAAAGUUAUUUGUGUGCGAAAUCUGGAUCCUCUACAGAUUCUAAAAAAAGCAGAAUUAUUGAAAAAUUCAAGUGGUGCGAAAUUAAAAAAAGUUAAAUGGCCGGUCUUCAGUAUGAAUACAAGCGUAAGAGGUAUUUGGAGUCCUUUUCAUCGACAAAAUGUCACUUCUUUUCCUAAUUCACAAAAUAUAAACAAUGAACAUAUAUAUACAGAUAAAUAA